CUUUUUUUUUUUUUUCUCUCUUUGAUCUUUUUCCUAUCAAAAACCUUGAAAUGCCUUUCCGUUGCAAAUGUGGAAGAACAUUUGAAAAGACAGAUACUUUUGCUACGCAUACAUCAUCUUGUGCUCCUUUUCAUCAUCGGCGCAUGUCAGAUACAACUCAACUAUCCUCUGCUAAUAAUAACAACAGUACGUCAAUCCCAAGUCGCUCACCACAGAGAAUACCUAUGUUGAAUACAAGCUCUCUUCCUAGAGGAUUAUUUACUACUCUUUCGCCUACGUCAGCCACAUCAUCUUUAGGCUCGCCCACUGCUGAUUCUGCAACAAUGAUGGAUGGACGUAAACAACAACAGCGUGAAUUGUCAAGCUCUGUUCCUGUAACCAAUAGCUUCUUCAUGCCUACUGCACUCUCUAUCCAAAAUGCAUUCGAAGGUGCCAGAAGGAGAUCCAUGUCAUCAGGUUCUUCAUCUUUCAAAUAAACAUCGAGUGUACAGACAAGUAGUAGUUUUGCGCGAUAAUUCGCGCAGUGUGUAUAAGUUGCAAUUUUUUACCGCAGAACAAGUUUGUCGUUUCAUUGAAACAAUACCAAGAGGAAGAAGCCAGGAACAGUACAUACCCACAACUCUAUAUCAUAUUAUUAUCAUAUAUUACUAUGCCCCCCACGAAUCGUAUGAUCGUAAACCACAUACACAAAUUUCUGUUAUACUUAUUGCUUUCAUAGCCCUGAAAAAAAAUGUUAUUUUCAAUUUUUUGAACAAAUAUCAAAUUUCUGGUACACAUGCAACAAACUAUAGGUGAUAUUAAAUCCCUUUUCGUUUCUGAAGUAAUACUCGAAUACUUAUUAUUUCACAGUUAGUUUUCUUUUUUUUCUUUACAAAUAAUUUCUUGCAAAUAAAAAAGAAUUAAUCGCUUUUUGCUUUUAACUGAAAAAAAAAA